CAACACUUACUAGAAUAUUUACUAUACAUAUGAAAAACUGAAAAUUUGCAGAUUAGCAGUUGUAUUUAAAAUCGAAAGUUUUAUAUGUCUUCUAGUUGUCGGUAAACAACAAUGAAAACGAAAGUACACUAAACACGUCGUGUAAAACUCAUUGUGACUGACAUGAAUUUGACACUACUCAGGGUGCACAGCAUAUAACAUUAAUUAUGUGCAGCAGUGGUUGCUAGCCUACACUGGUACAUUGUGAACGUGGGAUUUGGACCUCAUCUUUUUUCAAGUACAAGGGCUGGCUGCCUUGCCAUGAUAUAGCCUUCGUUGCUGGAUCGGCUUAAAACACUAAUUCCCUUCCCCUUUCAAGUUGCCUGAGAAGUUGCAAGAACAAUGCUACAUACCAUUUCACCAGACAUUGUGAAGGACCAUCAGAGAUGCUGCACUGUUAUGGUUCAGGGAUUUGACCCCUCCAACCUAGAACUCUAUCAGCUUUACUUUGAAAAUCCAAAGAAAACUGGAGGAACUUCCACUGACUUUUACGUCAAUGAAAAUGAGAAUAUUAUUUAUGUCACAUUCCUGACACCUGAAGAAGCUGAAAAGGUUACCAAAUUAACACACACUGUUGGAGGUAGACAGCUGCAGGUGACUCUUGCUCCCAUAGAUGACCCUGUGACCUCUCCUCCCUGUACAAUAAAGAUCACAGGAUGUGACCCAGAAAAGGAAGAAUUGUACAGACUGUACUUUGAGAAUCCCCGCCGGGGUGGAGGAGCCAUUAAAGAUUUGGUUGUGGAUAAAGAGAAGCAAGUAAUCUAUAUAACAUUUGAGGAACCGGAGACUGCUGUAAAUGUCUGCAACAAAACUCAUAAAGUUGGAGGUUGUGACCUUGAAGUUAGCCUUCAUGUCCCCACAAAAGAUGAAAAAAGCAUAAAUCAAACACAGGAGGCAGAUAAUCAGGAGCCUCUGAAAACAGUACAGCUUCAAGUAGGAAAAAAAAUACAGAGUGAAGAUAACUACUUGUACUACUUUGAGUCGAAACGCAGUGGAGGGGGUGAAGUAGAAAAAAUAAGCAUUGAUCAAGAGAAGGGCAUCGUUUAUGUUACAUUUGUGCAGCCAGAAGCGGCAGCUCGUGUGACAGACCGACAGCACAUUAUUUGUGGUGAGCCUAUCAAAGUAAGCCUCUUUGUUCCCCCUGCACCAAAGCCAACAUAUCCAAACAAGCUGCUUUUCAGUAAUGUGUCCAAAAGCACAACACACGACUGUCUGUCAUUGUUCCUGGAAUUCCUCACUGGACUGGAGCCUGCUGAGCUAAUAUAUGCUGACAGUUUGGAGGACGUUUUGGCAGUUUUUAAUGAGGAACCAGAUUUUGAAAAGGUGCAGGAAUUAUGUCAGAAAAAGUGUCUUGAAGGAAGGAAAAUUUCAGUAUCCAGAGUGCCCAUUACAAACUGCAUUCUUGUUCAGAACUUGAAUAAGAACACAACAGAGGAUACAAUCAUGUACUAUUUUGAAAGCAAGAAAAGAAGCUUUGGAGGCCCUGUAGAGAAAGUGAACUUUGACAGUGGUAACAGCAGAUGCCUAGUUUUCUUUGAAGACCAUGAGGUGGUUGAUGCAGUUUUGACUAAAAGCCAUGUACUUGAUGGACAAGAGUUAAGAGUGAAGCGGUACCUGGAGUGUCUUGGGCCUUCAGGUGGAAGCAAAGAUUUCAAAUAAGUGGGUUUAAGAAUAUGAACAGGUGAAAUCUGUGAUAUAUUUUAUGUGAACUUGUAAGUUUCCAUCACCGAAUUUGUGGAUUGAACCUAGAUGUAAGGCAUAAAGGGCAUCCUGUUACAUGACAAAACAAAACCUUUUGUUUUUCAAAAACAGAAUGGCAUAGUAGUGACAUUUAAAUGCUUUUUUUUUUGCUAUGUGCAUUAUGGAAUCUAUGUAUGAAGCCCUUUGCAUGUAGGUCUCACUGUUCGGUUGCUUUUUGUUGAUCAUUGCACAAUGUGGAUGUUUAUAAAAGAUCUGACAUGAUCAUAUGAGUAAAAUCCCAGUAGAUUUUUGAUGACUUGAAAAAACUGGAUGUACACUUUAAAAAGGUAUUUUUAGAAUAAUGUUUUAGAUGGAAACUGCAAACAGAAAAUCGUUUUUGUGAGAUGUGCUGUAGUCUAGGGAAUUAAUCACUCAUGGCUGACAUUUCAAAGAUAUAAAGACUAAUGCAGUGUCCAGCAAACUAUGUGCAAGUCUUGGGCUUUCUUGCACUCGGCGCACAUCUAACAUGAUGGUGUCACACACAUUCACUACAGUAUGACAGCAUCUUUCCCCGGCUGAUCCGUGUUCAUUAAGGCCACCAUCAAUUAUGUAGAUUUUUUUUAUAAUAAUAGAAUAAUUUCAACAUAAAAUGACUAAGGAUAAACCAACCAAGCAACAUUUUCCUACAUUUUUACUGUUACUGUUAUGUGGUAGAUUUGUACUAGACAGCUGUCCAAUCUACUCUUUUUUUUUUUUUUUUUUGGUGGUGGCAAAUGAGUUCAACCUUGUUAAUACACUCAUGAAAAGCAUAGACCUGGCACCUGUUCCACAAUAGCAAGCAAUAUUUAGUUUUUUCAUGUUUAAAAUGAACAAACACUUUCUUAGUUUGCAAAAAUACAUUUUUCCAUAAGAAAUAAAUACUUUUCACUAAAAUGAUGUUUACCAUCAUUUAGUUAGUCAUGGUUUCAUUUUUUAAAUGCAAAUGUUGAAGCAGUAUGGUCAGUAAAUAAAAUAUGAUAAAGUCA